AUGGUUGGAUACGUGCCGGCUCACGUGACCAGCCGCCUCAUCAUGGCGGUCCCUACAGGACUGGUAGUGUGGCUGGGAUCCCAGAACUACCGGGCCGGGCUUGUGGUGUGUCUGAUGACGUGGUUUAGCCUGUACGUGGGGUGGGGCUCCUACAUGUCUGUAGGGGACGAUAUCACGGGCUACAAUAGCCGUUCCGGUGUGUUUGACUGGGCUCUUGGCCGCCAGAUGCAAAACUGGUCUUAUCCAAGAAGAGUGGUGAGAGACUAUACCGGCAUGUCUCUGCGCGGACUGGUAUGGACCACGCCACAGGGAUACGUCCUGUACCACCUCGGGCUGGGCUGGUGUCCUUCCGCCAGCGGCGCCCUGAUGGGAUUGGUGUACUUCGCCGGUAACCAUGGGAACGUGACGCUGUGCCACCACAGCGCAUGCUCCGAGUACCUGUGGGGCUUCUGGGUGUGGCUGGUCUUGCUGACGUCAUCGCUCUACGGCGCCGUCACCAGAGCGAGGGCGAGUUACCCGGAUGUGCACCCAGAAUCCUCUCUGGUGCCCCCGCCGAGUUCGAAACUGGACUCGACCUUCUCCAAGGUCGUUUUCGAACUUUUUCACCUCGUCUUCGGUCUAAUCCUCGGCUGCUCGAUUUGCUACUACGCUCUAGUAGAGCAAAACGACUUGAAAAACAAAGGACAGACAUUUUUGGAGGAACUGUACUGCAAGUUGUCACCAGCCACAAACACUUAG